UUCAUUCUCCUCAAAGACAAACAUAGCCUCCUCCCUUCCUGCACGCACUCGCCAUUACACAGUGCUUACUCCUGCAUCCGUAUUGCACUCCCCUUCCUAGCGAUCUACCAGCCACUGUGUAUAUUAUUCACCUUUAACUUGUCUAUAGCUCUCUACUCUAGAUAGCUAGCUAGGGCGCGAAGCUAGUAAAGCAAAAGCCACGUACGUAGUAUACACGUUGGUUAAUUGCGUGAGCUCGACGUACGAUGGCCGGCACGGUGGAGUCGCCGGCGAGCUCGUGCGUGUCGUCGGACGCGGAGGAGGAGGCGGCGGUGGCGAAGCCGAUGGUGGUGGCCGGGUGCCCGCAGUGCCUCAUGUACGUGAUGCUCUCGGAGGAGGAGCAGCACCCCAAGUGCCCACGGUGCAAGAGCCCCGUUCUGCUGCACUUCCUCCACGGCGCCGGCGCCGGCGCCAGCAACAAGCCUCCGUCCAAGAGCUAGCUUGCUUGCUUGCUCCUCCGGUCCUCGAUCUCCCCAGCUGGUCGGCUGUCGAUCGUCGUCGUAAUUCUAACGCACAUCCAUGUAUUCAUUUUCCAUGCUGCACUAGAUCUUUAGCUAGCUAGCUAGCUCAUCUCUCUUUUUUCUGUUAAUUUUCUCUCUGUCAUUAAUCUGUGUGUUUUCUUUAGUUAAUCUCUGCACCUCAUCUCCCCUGUAGUUCGGCCGAUCGAUCAGGUUAAUUUUGUCAAGUUAGUACUAGCAGCUAGAGUAAUCUAGACCAGAGGAUCGAUCUGGCGAAAGCUGAAUAGAUGAUCUCCUACUCCGCGUGGUGCAGUUGCAUGUGCUUUAGCCAUCCU